AUGCCCUCCAGUUUGGAGCCUCCUAAUGAUACUCAAAGGGCAGCUCUAUUGGCAUGGGUCAAUACCUUUCCUGCCGGGUCGACCAACAUUACCGCAAUAGAAGACUUGACCGAUGGAUUUGUGUUUUCUGAUAUGCUGGAGGACUUCGACCCCGCAUACGCCGUCAAAGAUCUUCCGCAAUCCACAAGUUCUACAAAAUGGGUCGCCGCCAAACAGAGCCUCGAGGCCGUCUACAAGUCCCUUGUCAAAUAUGUAAAUGAGAACUGUGACAAUUCAGUGAACGCAGUGGUUGUCGAAUAUCCGAUCGAUUUCAAUUCUUUGGCACAAUACUCGGAUCCCACCGAAUCGAUGAAGCUUAUCACCAUAUUCCUACUGGUCGCCCUAAAAGGUCCUAACCCGAAAAGAUAUAUCAACCGUAUCCAAAAGAAGCUAAGCUUGCCUGUGCAAACAGUGAUCGCUGCCCAUGUUGAAACAAUAGAGAAGGAUCUUGAAGGUGCUGUGCCGAGCUUAGCAAGCCAUCAUGAUACUAAUCCAAAGGACGAACUGGAUUUGGAAGCAAGGUUUUCCGCCGUAGUUACUGACCACGCAGCAUUGAAAAAGCGCAAUGCUGACCUAAUCACUCGUUUGGAAAACCUGUCAGAAAGCCGAGAUCAUCUAUUAGACGAAAACAAGGAACAGGAACGACAAAUCGAUCAGCUACAAGAGACUAUCAAUCAUGGAGGCAUAAACGAGCACAUCUUGAGACUUGAAAAGAGACUCGAGGAUUCAGAAAAGAUCAUUGCCUCCCAGGAGCAGCAGCUCGAAGACGCUCGAGUAAACAGAGAACUAAAGAACAAAGAGUUAUUAUCGGUCAAACAUACCCGGGACUUAGAGAUUCAAGACAAAUUUAAAGAACUCGAAGUCGAGAAUUCUGCCUUGUCAAAGAGAGCGAACAAGAUGGAUCAUUAUGAAAAGAAACUUGCCCAACAAAACGCUAUUGAACGGGAAAACACAAGGUUACGUGAGCAGCUAGAUGUACUACAAGAAAACCAGAAGGAUUAUGACAAGGUUCAUAUGGAAAAUGAAGUACUCAAAACAACCCGUAACGAAUAUAUGAAAGUACUCGAAGGGCAGGAGAAUUCCAUAACUGAUCUUAGAAGUAAGGCCAUGCGCCUAGAAGAAGAGCUUAGGUUGCGUCUGGAAGAGAUAGAUGUUCAUCUGGAAAGGCAACGACAUGAUGAGAAGUACAUCAAUGAGCUUCACGAACGCGUAGCCUCACAAUCGCCAGAAGAGCCAUCGGGAGGGCUCAGUCUCGAAGAUGAACUUAAUCGAAGUGAUAGUCCACACGAGCCGAACCCACAGCUUGAGAUAUCAAGACUGAGAGCAGAGUUACAGGUUCUUAAGAGUAAUGAUGGUGGAAAAGCUAAUGCUGAACUUCGAACCGAGCUACAGAAAUCGGAAAUGGAAGUCCGAAGGCUUCGCGAAAAAACACAAGAGUUGAAAGAGGCUCACGCCGUCACUCAAGAUCAAAUUUCAACGAUCAUGGGCGAUAGAUCUUUACUCCCAACAGACGAAGCGUUAGUCAUAGCAGUCGACAAAAUGAUGAAUAUUGGGCCUUUUCAACUGACACUCGACAAUUUUCACAGAGAGAGAGCGAAGUCCGCCGGACAAUCAUUAUACAGCGACGCCACCCAAGAGAUCGAGAGAUUGAAUCUGGCAAUAUACGAGCUUACCGCGAAGCUGACAAGCAGCGAGCGAGAUCUGUUAAGAGCACGGGCAGAUUUGAGUGCUAUGGAUUCCGAUGAGAUCACAGCAUUAGAACAGCUCAAAGAGGCGAACCAAUUAGUAGCGUCCUCAUAUGAGAAGGAUUUAACACUUCUCCAGGCGCAGCAUGACGAUCUUAGAGCAGAAUACGUUGACCAACAGUCUCACCUUCUUACAGCAUUAAAAUCCAAAGAUAAGCUCUCGGAACAACUGAAGACCAUCUUUCAAAAGCCAUCUAGUUCCACUGAAGAAACAGGCAAGAAUCCUGAGCCUGCAACAGCCCUUGAUGCAUUGAAAGAGGUAAGUCGAGAGGACAUUACUUCUGCAUCAAAACCAUCAUCUUCACCAGCUUCACCAACUUCACCAAAGAAACAGUCCGCAAUCAAGCGAAUCGGAACACUUUUCGGUGGCAAGAAAUCCAAGAAAUCCAAAGAAGCCGCUCAGGCUCAUCAACACGAUGAAGAACUUGUCAGGGAACAGGCAGCGUUUGGUGUUUUGCCAGUAGCACAACUGCCAUCAUCAUCUCUCCCUCAAUCAAACCCAGCACCUUCUCCAUUACCUAAACUUCCACCACAAUCUGAUAAUAAAGGCAUCGACUGA